ACUCCCGACCACGUGAGAACAAGCCAUCUUCAGCUGAUCGCAGCCAUGAACUUCCUCCGCCGCCGUCUCUCCGACAGCAGCUUUGUGGCCAACCUACCCAAUGGCUACAUGACGGACCUCCAGCGUCCAGACAGCUCCAUCAGCUCCCCUGCUUCCCCGGCCACGGAGAGGAGGCACACCCAGCCCCUGGCGGCCUCCUUCUCCUCGCCAGGGUCCAGCCUCUUUAGCUCCUUCUCCAGUGCCAUGAAGCAGUCCCCUCAGGCCUCCUCAGGGUUCAUGGAGCCCCCAGUUCCCUCCACACCUGUUGUUCAGAGGCCCCGGGUGCUGUUGGUGAUCGAUGAUGCCCACACCGACUGGUCUAAGUAUUUCCAGGGGAAGAAGGUGAAUGGGGAGAUUGAGAUCCGAGUGGAACAGGCUGAAUUCUCUGAGCUGAACCUUGCCGCCUAUGUGACCGGGGGCUGUGUGGUGGACAUGCAAGUCGUCAGAAAUGGGACCAAAGUUGUGAGAUCCUUCAAGCCAGACUUCAUCCUGGUCCGCCAGCAUGCCUACAGCAUGGCUCUAGGUGAAGAUUAUCGCAGCCUGGUCAUCGGCCUGCAGUAUGGAGGGCUGCCUGCCGUCAACUCCCUCUACUCCGUCUACAACUUCUGCAGCAAGCCCUGGGUGUUCUCUCAGCUCAUUAAGAUCUUUCACUCCCUGGGCCCUGAGAAAUUCCCGCUGGUGGAGCAAACGUUUUUUCCCAAUCAUAAGCCAAUGCUCACAGCCCCGCACUUCCCUGUGGUGGUCAAGUUGGGACAUGCCCACGCCGGUAUGGGAAAGAUCAAAGUGGAAAACCAACAUGACUAUCAGGACAUCACCAGUGUGGUGGCCAUGGCCAAGACCUAUGCCACCACUGAGGCCUUCAUCGACUCCAAGUACGACAUCCGAAUCCAGAAGAUCGGUUCCAACUACAAGGCUUACAUGAGAACCUCCAUCUCUGGAAACUGGAAGGCCAAUACAGGCUCUGCCAUGCUGGAGCAGGUGGCCAUGACCGAGAGGUACCGGCUGUGGGUGGACAGCUGCUCAGAAAUGUUCGGCGGCCUGGACAUCUGCGCCGUCAAGGCAGUCCACAGCAAAGAUGGCCGAGAUUACAUCAUCGAGGUGAUGGACAGUUCCAUGCCCCUGAUUGGAGAGCACGUGGAAGAGGACAAACAGCUGAUGGCCGACCUUGUCAUCUCCAAAAUGAGCCACCUGCUGGCGCCAGGGGCCACAGUGCCCUCGCCUCUGAGACCCUGGGCUCCACAGAUUAAGCCUGCGAAAUCCCCUGGGCAGGCCCAGCUGGGCCCUCAGCUAGGACAGCCCCAGCCACGGCCACCUCCACAAGGGAGCCCUCGUCAAGCUCAGUCUCCCCAGCCCCCAAGGUCCAGAAGCCCCUCCCAGCAGAGGCUCUCCCCACAAGGCCAACAGCCACUGAGUCCCCAAUCCGGCUCGCCACAGCAGCAGAGGUCGCCAGGCUCCCCGCAGCUAGCCCGAGCGUCAGGUGGUGGCUCCCCAAACCAGACAGCCAAGCCGGGUGCAACCCUCCCCUCGCUGCCCCGGCCCCCGGUGCAGGGCCGCAGCACCUCCCAGCAGGGCGAGGAGCCCAAGAAGGCAGCGCAGCCCCAUCCUCAUCUCAACAAAUCUCAAUCCCUGACCAACAGCCUCAGUACCUCCGACACCUCGCAGCGCGGGACUCCCAGUGAAGACGAGGCCAAGGCCGAGACUAUCCGCAACUUGAGAAAAUCCUUCGCCAGCCUGUUCUCUGACUAACC